AUGUUGAGGAUAAUUUUGAUCAACUGUUUGUUGUUCGUGAUCCCCCGCGCGGGGCAUUCUGCCCUUCUGAUGUCCCGAAAGGAAGAUUCGAAAUGUGGGGAAAUACCCAAGGAGAUCUUAGAGGAGGUACUGGGGGCUUCCUAUAACCCGCGAUACAUGAGCAUCGAUCCCCCUGUAGAAACUGCACCGACCGGCACGGGAAUGAAAAGAGCCUCGAACUUCGAGAUGGAUUUCUACGUUGACGACACCCACUACGAAGAACUGGCAGGGGACCCUGCCUGGAUGGUGAAGAACCACGUGAAAAUCCAGGGAGUGAAGCACCACUCCAGGAGGUUCAAAAGGAGCGUUAAACGACGUCAGGAGUGGCAGUGCGACUCUGUCAUAGUCUGGAAGGACCUAGGACCCGAUUAUUUCCCAAGGUUUCUACGUACGGUGGAAUGCACGCAGUCCGACUGUUGGUACAGCCUUUUCAGAUGCGAGCCGCGGUCCUUCACCGUGAAAAUCCUGAGGAAGAAGAAGAAUCUGUGCGUCCUGGCGGAGCGGGGCAUGAUAAUUGGAUACUCGGGACUUCCCAGGGAUCUCAGGGAGCUGUGGGUCUGGGAGGAGAGAGCGGUGAACUUUUGCUGUGAUUGCGUAAAUAAUUAG